CGGUGACGAAGACAAAGAAGACCGUUUUUUGAUUCAAUCUCAUCAAAAAUGGGUUUUCUUCAAUCUCUGUUCAGAUCUCGGAGCCUCAAUAUUUUGAUUCUCGCUCUGUUUUUCAGCAGUAAUAGUUUCCUUCUCGUCCAAUCACAAGACCCACCUUUCAUCCCACAAUCUCCUCCGCCUCCACCGCCACCACCACCGCCUCCUCCUCCUCCUCCACCACCACCACCACCACCGCCGCCUCCACCUGUCAAUGUGAGCGUCGAUACAGGCAUUGCUCCACCACCUCCUCCAGUCACGGAUAUGAUUAAGCCUCUGUCUUCUCCGCCACCACCUCAACCACCACCGAGGUCACAACCCCCUCCACCCCCUUCCCAAAAGAACCUGCCACGGCGGCUUCCUCCUCCUCCUCGGCCUCCGGAGAAAUCGAAAAGCGGUGGUUUAAACAAAGGGAAGACGGUGGGACUAGUCUUUGUUGGGUUGAUAGCAAUGUUGCAGGUCCUCGUUGUUGUCUUCUUGGUUUUCAAGAGAAAGCAGCUUUUCAGCUUGAAAGACACUAAUUGAGAUUCUAACCGUUUCUGGAUUGACACUAAUUACUUUUGUUCUGUUGAGGCCAUUUAUUAGAGUGAAGAUUAGAGAUGAGAGUGUAUUAGAGGAGGACAGAAAUUGCAAGUUUUAAACUGUCAUGUAAAAUUGUUUCAUGUGUUUGUUCUUUCCAAGAUUAAUCUGAUUCACCAAAUGGUUUGGUUUGCACUAGUUAGUAUCUUCGUCGGUUAUGGUCCUUUAAAAGACUCGACACUUUCUGCAAUCUUUGGAUGUGAUGUUCCAAGGUGCAGCUUUUAUGAAAUAAAUGAUGAUGCUGAUG